UGUGUGAAAGUGAAUACAGCCUCUAGUGGAAAUGGAGGAGCAUGCCCGAACAGGUCCCGAGGCAGGGGAGGGAUCCACAGGAUCAGGAAGAGACCCGUUUUCAGGCCAAUCUGGAACGACCCGGGACAUAUCCCAAUGGGCAGCGACCCGACAAGAAGGGGUAUCUCAACGCUUGGAAACGCCGUGGCAAGAGUACUUGAAAACGGUCCAGUAUCCCUCUUCAGGAUGGGCAACGUCGCAGCUUCCGGACUUGGCUUCGUGGGAUGACGUGGCUGCCUUUGACCGUGUGGUGAACGCCUGCCAGUGGCCUCGAGAAGGGAUGAGCCGCCUCAUGCCCGCCCUCAGCGCUGACGCCCAGCAGGCCUUGAGCAGCCUGAACGCCAGAGACAAAGGAGACCACGGAAAAGCCAAGCCUGCCUCCCUGCGCGGGAACCCCAGCAGCGCCGAGGUUCAGCGCCAGCGUUUCCGCCAGUUCCGCUACCAGGAAGCGGAGGGCCCCCGCGAGGUUUGCAGCCGGUUGCGGGAGCUCUGCCACUCCUGGCUGGAGCCGGAGAGCCGCACCAAGGAGCAGAUCUUGGAGCUGCUGAUCCUGGAGCAGUUCCUGACGGUCCUGCCAAAGGACAUCCAGAGUCGAGUUCGAGAGCGUGGCCCCGAGACUUGUGCCCAAGCAGUAGCCUUGGCAGAGGGGUUCCUUCUGAGGCGGCAAGAGAGUUUGCAAAGUGAGCCACAGACGGCAGCCCUGAAUCUCUCCGAAGGCCAGCGGACGGUGUCAGACGCCCGGCAGAGGCAGCUCAACAAGGAGGCCAGGCAGCCUGGGAAUAGGAGGGCCCGGCUGUUGGGUGCCAAGACGACAAACCGAGUCGGUGGUCAGGUGCAGCAUCCAGGUGCCAGGGAAGAGGGGGCCCGCUCAGAUUCCGGGAGGCCCAGGAAGAACAAACCCCACGUCUGUAUCGAUUGCGGGAAGUGUUUUGCGCGCCCCUCGGAGCUGGCGAAGCACGAGAAUACCCACACGGGAGCAAAACCCUUCCGCUGCUCGGAGUGCGGGACCAGGUUUAGCCAACUCUCCCACCUGACGAGGCAUCACCGAAUCCACACGGGGGAGAAGCCGCACUCGUGCUCCGAAUGCGGGGCGGCUUUUGCCCAGCGGUCCUCUCUCAUCAGCCACCAGAGAGUCCAUUCCGGAGAGCAGCCGUAUCGCUGCACCCACUGCCAGCAGUGUUUCAGCCACCAUUCGGCACUUAAGAUUCACGAGCACAUCCACACUGGUCAAAAACCGUACAUUUGCCUGGAGUGCGGGAAACGGUUUGUCUCCUCCUCCACGCUUAAAAUCCACAAGCGGAUCCACACGGGGGAGAAGCCGUUUUCAUGCGCCGAGUGCGGGAAGCGCUUCAUCCAGCGUUCCAAUCUUAUAUCGCACCAGCGGACGCACUCUGGGGAGAAGCCCUUCUGCUGCGGCGUGUGCGGGAAAAGGUUCAGCUACCCGUCGGAUCUCACCAGGCACCAGAAAAUCCACACGGGGGAGAAACCGUUCCCCUGCGACGAAUGCGAGAGGAGGUUUACCCGGUUCUCCGACCUUGUCAUUCACCGGAGAAUCCACACCGGGGAGCGGCCGUAUCGCUGCCUUGAGUGCGGAAGGAGGUUCCGGCAGAAGAGCGCUUUGGUGACGCACCAGAGGAUCCACACGAAAGAGAAGACGGCGAAAAACAAGCCUGUAGCGUCAGCAGAACCACAGGUGAAUAGUGAACAGAAUAGCGAACAGAAAGCCAGUGAGGUGGAGGAGAAGGCAGACAUUUCGGAGGAAAAGGAGAAAGAUACGUCGAGUACCUAG